GAGCCAAGAUGGUUGUUCCAAAAGUGUCUGGAGUCGGCUAGCUAUCAGACGGACUAGAUGUGAUUUUUAAAAGAAAAUGUAUUUUAUUUUGCGUGUACAAAACUAAAAAAACAGGAUUCUCCCAAAAUCUCCAAAGUGUUCAGAAAUCUUGGGAAAAGACGCUAAUUCACGCGAUGGCGGGUCGUAGGGUGGAGUGUGUGUGGAAGAGGCACGUGGCGGAGCAGCUGAAGCAGAGAGACCGUGUGCAGCGACAGGCCUUUGAGGAGAUCAUCCAUCAGUAUAACAGGUUGUUGGAGAAGUCAGACCUCCAGUCCGUUUUCUCAGAGAGACUUCAAACAGAUAAAUAUGAAGUACAGAACAGACAUGACCUCAGCCCAGGGGCCGAGUCGAGCCGCUGUGACGUGCUGCAGCAGGAAAUGUCUCAGAUGAGAAUCAAACACCAAGAAGAGCUCACGGAGCUGCACAAAAAACGGGGCGAGCUGGCCCAGAGUGUCAUUGAACUGAAUAACCAGAUUCAGCAGAAAGACAAAGAGAUACAGAACAACGAGGCCAAGAUGUUGGAGUACCAGCAAAAGAUCUCUCAGCUCGAGGGCGAUUGCCGCGAGCUGCGAAACAGCCUGUCGGAUCUGGAGCGAGCCAAUCAGACACUGCGGGACGAGUACUACGCGUUACAGAUCACGUUCAGCGCUCUAGAGGAGAAACUGCGCAAAACCACGGAGGACAAUCAGGAGCUUGUCACACGCUGGAUGGCAGAGAAGGCGCAAGAGGCCAACCGGCUCAACGCGGAGAAUGAGAAGGACUGCAGACGCAGACAAGCAAAGCUGCAGAAAGAGUUGGCAGAUGCAGCCAAAGAGGCACUACCUAUCGAUAUGGAGGAUGACAUCGAGGUGCUUUCAGAGGAAACAGGCAAAGGGACAGGAGAGACGUCUCCCAGCCACCCGAUGAGCCGCACACCCAGUAAACGAGUGUCUCAGCUUCCUCCCGGUAGUCUCCUAGAUUCCAUCUCCAAUAUGUUUGGUGUUAGCAGGCGGCGGUCUCUGAACUCCCACGGCUCGCCUCCGGACAAUGCAGAGACUCCAUCCGGUGUGUGCGCCGACGUCCGCGUCCCCUCCACCGCCCUCCACGUGUUUGACGCCCAUGACGGCGAGGUGAACGCGGUCAGGUUUAGUCCCGGCUCUCGUCAGCUCGCUACAGGAGGAAUGGACCGACGUGUGAAACUGUGGGAAGUCAUAGCAGGUCACUGUGAGUAUAAAGGCGCUUUAAUGGGGAGUAAUGCUGGAAUAACCAGCAUCGAGUUUGACAGCACGGGCUCCUACCUGUUGGCUGCAUCGAAUGACUUCGCCAGUCGGAUAUGGACAGUGGACGACUACAGACUGAGGCACACGUUAACAGGUCACAGCGGGAAGGUUCUCUCUGCACGGUUCCUGCUGGACAACGCACGCAUCGUCUCGGGGAGCUACGACCGCACGCUUAAACUGUGGGACCUGCGAAGCAAAGUCUGUAUGAAGACGGUGUUUGCCGGCUCCAGCUGUAACGACAUCGUGUGCACUGAGCAGUGUGUGAUGAGCGGCCAUUUUGAUAAGAAAGUGCGCUUCUGGGACAUCCGGUCUGAGAGUACAGUGUGUGAGUUGGAGUUGUUCGGUCGGGUCACGUCGUUAGACCUGAAUCACGACCGCACGGAGCUGCUCACCUGCUCACGGGACGACCUCAUCAAAAUCAUUGACCUGCGCAGCAACGCUGUGAAACAAACCUUCAGUGCGCAAGGCUUCAAGUGUGGAUCAGACUUCACCAGAGUCACCUUCAGUCCUGAUGGCAGUUAUGUCGCAGCGGGUUCAGCAGAUGGCGUUCUGUUCGUGUGGAAUGUUUUGAGUGGGAAAGUGGAGCGGACCCUUGACAAAGGACACAGCUCCUCAGUUAACGCGGUGUCGUGGUCUCCGUCCGGAUCCUUCGUGCUCAGCGUGGAGAAAAGCAACAAAGCUGUGCUCUGGUCUGACUUGUGAUUGGUCCAGCUCUGCUGCGUCCGAUCGGCUCACAUCCAUCCAUCCAUCCAGCCUGCCUGGGAUCGGAUUGGCUCUAAUUUGGAUCGGACUCGCCCUGCUCUGAAUGGUCCAGCUCCACUCUCUCCUCUGAUUGUCUCUGCUCUGCUCCACUCCGCUCGAUUUGCCUCACAUCCGGCCUGCUCUCUGACCGAGCGAUUGCGAGGGUCUACGCCCGCCCGGCUCCGCUUCACCUUGGUCUCAUUCCUGCUCCACUCACUUUUUACCUAGUACAUAUACUACAUUACCC